AUGGCCAGCGCUUUGCUUCAUAUAGCUAUUUUUUCCAAGAGCUAUACAGAUUCAACUUGGCGUUUGGCAGAGCUCUCAUUUAUGCUUAAAUCUGGGGCAAAAAUUAUUCCUAUAUUCUACUAUGUAGAACCUAGUUAUCUCAGAUGGGCAGAUCAAGGGAAAGGAAUGUAUGUUCAAGCCUUUAAAGAUCAUGAGCAGAAGGGUAGAUACAGUGUGGAACAACUUCAGGAGUGGAAGACCGCACUUCACAACACCUCACAUUACCAUGGCCAAAUCAUUAAGAGUAAUGAGGAUGAGAUGAAGCUGCUAAAGAAUAUUGUGAGCGGUGUUUUGAAAGAAAUAAAUAAUAAGGUUCCAUUAGUGGUUGCAAAAUAUCCAGUUGGUCUGAAAGAAAUAGUAGAAGAUUUUAAGGAAUUUGGGGUAUGGGUGGUUCUGGAAAAACCACACCUUGCAAAAGAAUUGUAUAAUGAAAUAUCUUCUUCAAUGGAGAGGUCCAGCUUUGUAUUUCAUGUUCGAGAUGCCGAAACCAAAAGCAUGUUGCAUGAGAAGCAGAAGAAACUCCUCAGUGACCUUGGCAUCCAAGGUUUACUAUUUGACAAUAUUGAGGAUGGUAUGAGAAAUCUUUCAGGGGGUUUCAGAUCUUGUAGGGUAUUGAUUGUUCUUGAUGAUGUGGAUAGUAUAGAACAAUUGGAUGCUUUAUUAGCUAUGAAAGAUAUGUUUAGAAAGGGUAGUUUCAUCAUUGUUACCUCACGAGUAUUUGGAGCACAACUAUAUGGUGAGCUCCGCAAAGAGCAUUGGGAAUCACAGCUGGCUAAGAUCUCAAGAAUAUUGCCUCAUGAUAUUAAGCAAAGGCUUAGAAUAAGUUAUGACACCCUAGAUGAUGAAGAAAAAGAGAUGUUCCUUGAUACUGCAUGUUUCUUCAUUGGACAAGAGAGUAUGUUAGCAAUUGAAGUGUGGAAUGGAUUGGGGUGGACUGGUCUAAGAAGUUGGGAAAAGCUCUUUCAUAAGUGUUUGAAAAGAAUGAGCAUUCAACGAAUAAUGACGACCUCAAAUCAAAUAACAUGGAAUGCUCAUUUGGAACAAGUAUAUCUGCGUUUGCCAUCAAUGGUCAAAACACAUGGUGAGAUUGAUGAGUUUCGCGUUUGCUGCUCGCACGGACAACUCAUGGAUAACACAAACGGAGAAACUUUGUCACUUGCACCUCCUUUAGUUGGACUAAAAUAUUUAGUCAUUAGUGGAGAUUAUUUUAAUCAAGUAUUGGGUGAAGUAUCAAGGGAGCUGGUUUGGCUUCGUUGGUUCGAAAUUGGCCAGCGAAAACUUCCGUCAGGGCUUUCAUUGCAAAAGUUGAGGGUUUUAGAACUCUGCGAAGUAAUGGAUGAAACAGAUUUUGAAGGGAACUAUGGAGUAAACCAUCACUUGGAAGAGUUGUGGGGGGAGACUGACGGCGAGGCUCCUUUGCAGUUAAGGCAGUUGCUUGUUUCUCAAUGCCACAAAUUUCAAGGAUUAACUUCUCUGACAGAAUUUCAUCUAAUAGAAGAUUGCUGCGGAAUUAAGAAAAUCGAAGGUCUGGAAAAUUGCACAAGAUUGCAAGAAUUGAUUGUUGACACCUGCUGGGAGGUGACGGGUAUUGAAAGCUUGGGACGCAUGCAGAAUUUGAAGUGGCUGGGACUCCAAGCAAACAAGAGAUUAGUUAUUGAACGUUGUAUUCAAAGAAUACAGAUAAGAAUAUGUGCACGGGCUGUUCCCAAUGCGGCUUCACUUGUAAACUCCUUAAUCUCUCCGAACCUCAUGAUCGUUGCCUACUUCUCCAGUCAGACAAAAUUGCGUAAGGCAGGCUUGCCGCUGAAGAGUAGCUCCAAUGGUGGUGCCUCUAUAUUCUGCUUUGUUCUAAAUUGUAUUUCGGUAGAAAUUAUACUAAUGACUCGACCUCUUAGCCGAGAAUAUAUGGUAAAAGUUGGAAAAGGUAGAUGGGCAUUGGUAGGUGUCGUUACAGAAUGUUCCGGCGGCGGCGGGUACAUAACAUUACAAGCGGACUUUGGAGAAGAGGGCGGAAUAGUGGAGAAAGGUUUGGUUGUGGGAGGAAGAGGGGCAGAGCAAACACCAGUGGAGGCAGUUCGCAGCUUAUUGCCGCUUUUGCAAAGUUAA